AUGUUAAUCGACAUUAUUAUUAUUGUUCUUAUUUCCAACAUCUUCUGUAACAUACAAUUGACUAAUCAAAUAUCAAUACAAAGUAUCAAUAAUGAUCAAUUAAAUAUAUCUAAUUUUAGUGUAGUCACUCGAUAUCGAAAAACUUCAGUUCAAACAAGAAUUACUGAUGAUCAUAUUCCGACGAUAUUGAAUAAACUUGAUUCAUCUGGAAUAGCUUUAACAACACAAUCAACAUCUCUAAUAGAAACCUCUACAUCUACUAAUCAAACAUCUUUUAUUCCUUCAUUUCAAACAAAACGUUUGCCUAUUAAUCCUGAUGCUGUUGCACCUGAUGGUUCAUUAGUUCGUACUUUAUUAACAACAAUUGGUGGUAGUAUGGCACAAUUUGAGCUUCCUCCUCGAAUGACAUCACAUGCUGUUGAACAUCGAACUGUUUAUGAAAUAUGGUAUUUUCUAUCUGGUCAAGGUGAAUUUUGGCGUAAGCAAAAUGAAAGAGAAGAAAUUGUAAUAGUAGACGCUGAUAUAUGUAUUACCAUACCAGUUGGUACACAAUUUCAAUUUCGUACUAUUGGACAAAAAUCUCUUGUCGCAGUGGCAAUUACCAUGCCACCAUGGCCAGGAGAUAGUGAAGUUAUACCUAGAGAAGGUAUUUGGAAUGCAAGUUUGAUUAAUAUUGGAAACUCAUCAAUGAAAUUACGUCAUUCGAUUUAUCUAUUUAUGAUUUUUGUCACCUUUCUCAUAGUUGAAAAAAAAGAAAUGGCUACACCUAAAUUAAAUAAGGAACUCUACGCCAAUAUAACUCGACUAAAACUAUUAAAUUCAACUAAUACAGAUCCUAAGUUUUUACUUGAUCAAUCACCAUUUAAUGAAGAUAGUGAUGAACAAGAUACAGGUGCUUCCGCAAACCCAAAAGAAAUCUUGAUUAUUGGACGAAUUUUCCCAGAUUCAGAAAUAUUUAAAGAAGGUGCAUUUCAAAUUGAAAUGAAAUUACCUCCUGAUUUUCCAUUUAAUCCACCAGAAGUACGUUUUCUUACUCCAAUUUAUCAUCCAAAUGUUGAUACAGAUGGGAAAUUUUGUCAUGAAUUAUUAAUAAAAGAAGCUAAACAUUCAAAUAAAGUAACUUUAAUUGAUGUUGUUAAAGCUGUUGUACAAUAUAUCGAUCAUCCUAAUCUAGAACAUCCAAUGCGCGCUAAUGUCGGUUGUGAAUAUGCGGAAAAGCGUCUUGACUUUAAUCGUAACGCAUUGGAAUAUGUUAAAAAGCAUGCUUUGCCACGUAGCUGA